AUGUACGGUAAGGAGUUUUUUAGCGUAUUUAUCAUCACCAACCCGCACGUUACUCAUUUGCUCCAACAUCAAGAGACAAUGCCAGGGCUCCACGGCGACAGCAGAAGAGCUGUCCCUUCGACUUUAAACUCACCAACAACUGUUCACAUAGACGCCACUGUGCUGCUCCUGGAUAGCAAAGCAGAGGCACUCGUGUCCCAGUUUAUUACCGUUAGCGAGCACAACAACAACCCUAUAACGCAGCAGGAGCAGAACCAGAGCACCGGGUUUGCUGCUGACAAGGAAAGCCUGGCUAAGUUAUCGCAGUUGAAGCGAAUACAGAGAAGUUUACGAGGCUUGCCACCGCUCUUGUCGGAUAAAAUGGCGACAUCUUCUAGUGCCGCUGAAAUCGAGGAUGGCGCUAAAAAAAAAAAGAUUGUGUUUGAUGAAUAG